AUGUCGGAGAUUUUCGCGCGAUGUUUUAGAGCGGGCCCCGGCGAGGAGGGCUCUGGAGAACUUGCUUGCACUUACGCGGCCCUCAUCUUGCACGAUGACGGCCAAGAAAUCACCGAAGACAAGAUCAACGCGGUCGUCAAGGGCGCCGGUAUCACCAUCGAACCGUACUGGGCGGGCUUGUUUUCCAAAUUCUUGCAAUCCAAACCGGUUGAAGAGUUGAUCUCCAACGUCGGCGGCGGCGGCGGUGGCGGCGGCGGCGGUGGCGGUGGCGGUGGUGGCGACGCUGGCGGUGGCGGUGGCGGUGAAGCCGCGAAGGAGGAAGAGGUGGAAGAAGAAGAAGAAGACAUGGGCUUUGACUUGUUCGAUUAA